AUGCUUCGAUGGGCCCAUUUAACCGCAGGGAUUCUCUCCGUUGUUGUUCUCUCCUCUCUCCUCUUUGUCUUCCUCCGCCGCUGGUGCUGUCUCCGGGGACCGGAGAGCUCCACCGCUCUUAACGUGGCUAGCCCCAUUCGGAAUGAUAGUUUUCAGGCUAGAAUCUCUAGGCUCCACCAAACCAGCCUUAUCCACCAGCUAGAUACCUCCGACAUCAAACGCCGAGGAAAUAUCAACAACUAUAAUGUCUCCCGUAGCGCUGCAACAGGAGGAUUCGCGUCGAAACCUGGUCUGUUCAUCUGGACAGACCAUCCGACUUUGGUGACAGAAGCAAUCAAGAAUGGAUGGACAAGAUUUGGAUUCGCUGUCCAUGCAUCAACUCCUUUGGUGAUUGGGACCUCCCCACGAUCAGCUCUUAUAGGGCUCUGCGCGACGGCGGGGAGCGAAUAUCCUGGUGUAAUAAUCACAUGGGAAGUGUCAAAUGGCUCCGUCGAUUUUACACAGACGAUCAAGUUUAAUCAAGUGUUUAGAGACACUAACAACCGGAAAAACCCAUUGAUGGUUCUCCGAGCAGCCCUACCUCUUCCUGGACCACAACUCAUAAAUACUAGUUUCCCUCAAGAGGCUUACUUUGAAAUCACACUCGUCGAAAUCCUCAGUAGCGGCCAUGAGGUUAAUGACGUAGGAAAUGACCUUGCAUCAGUGGAAGGUGAAAAAACUAAGUUGUUCAAGAGCGAAGGACCAAACCUCGUUAACAGAAAAGAAUGGGACAGGGGAAACGAAGAAGCCGUUUUGUCUGUAGGACUAACGACUGAUGGUUCCGCUGAAGUGGGCGAAGCACGACUGCCUGGGAAAUUCCCUGCUUCUAUUGGAUUCCAAUCGGACGGCGCUGUUUAUCUCGAUGGUAUGUUAUUUAUCUAUUUACAUUACUUUUUUGAAUACUUAAAUUUUAUUUUCUUCAUGUCGUUACUAGGGAGGAAUUCGAACGAAAACUCUGGAAAAAAAUAA